AUGUCGAAACGCUCUGGCUUAGGUGUGAUCACUAGCGAAGAGUUAUCAAAACCUUUAAAAUUGUCAAAGCCAUCUUUGGAUAGUGAUGAAGAAGACUACAACGAUAAAGAUUGUUUCCGAUUACAUGAAGCAGAUAUAGAUGGUCAGGAAGCUACGACUCUAGAGUAUGAUGAUGAAGUUAAAAUAACUCCAUUUAACAUGAAAGAAGAGCUUGAGGAAGACGGUCACUUCGAUUCCGCUGGCACUUUCAUUUUCAAGAAACAAGUUGAUGCUCGUGAUAAUUGGUUAGAAGAUAUUAAUUGGCUAGAAGUCAAGAAAAACCAGGAAAAGAAUUCAUUGAAAGACACAUCGAUAAGCGAUGAACUCGGCGGGAAAGUGCUAAGUAAAGAGGAGAAACUCGCUUUGUACCAAGAACUCUUAUCUUAUUUACAACCUUCUGAGACCGUUCUGCGCAGUAUCAGACGUAUGGGUGCCUGUUCAGAUGCUAAGAAGUCCGCUUCAGCCAGCCAACGCUGGCUACGAAAUAAAAAUCCGAAAACUAAAACUGAGACCGGCAAUCCAGAAGGAUUAAUUCGUGUUACUGAAUUAGCUGACCAACUUGUUCAAGGCGGAGAUUUUGAUGUUUAUCAAAAAACAUUCGACGAUAUCAAAAAACUGAUAGAAUGUACAAAACAAUUCGCAGCAGAUGAUGAACUUGAAGUCCUCGGUCAGGCAUUUGAUGAAAAGCAAGCUGACGAUAAAGGUGGAAUCAAAUCAACCGAAGAACAUGAUGGUACUGACCAUGAUGGCAGUAAUAAUAAUACCUCAGUCAUGUGGCAUUUAAAACGUUCAAAUAAACCAAAUACAGAAAUUGAAGGACCAUACACAUCUGAACAAUUAAAAGUGUGGCUUCAAGAUGGAACAUUUAAUGACGAUGACAAUAUUUUAAUACGUGAAUCAACGAAGUCUGAUGGACAAUUCUAUAACAUCACACGUAUUGACUUUGAUUUGUAUGAAUGA